AUGAUCAGCUUGUUUGCGCCUCACGUAUAUCAAAUUACCCCUCCUGAAAAGAUCUCAAAGAGGACAACAUCCCAAGCCAAUAGAGACUAUGAGAGAGUCAAAGUUAGAGUCCAAAAUGCUGGUUCUAAACUUGAACGUGUAACUUCAUAUUUGGAGACGUUAUUUGGUCCUCAUCUCACAGCGUAUUCACUGCUUAAGCAUGCAAAUGUUCUUAGUGAAAAACUCUCAAUCAACCUUGAUAGAUUGGCAACUAGAAACAGGCAAGCAUUGUUUUGUUGGUUUGCGGAAAACUGGGAAAUCAUUAGACAUUACUUGCCUAAUGUCAAUGAUGUACAUAUCGUUUCCCAUAAACAAACAAAUUUCGAAAAGCGCCAACCUGAACAGAUUGAUGUAACAGAUUUAUCUAAUCUUCUUAACUAUCAUUAG